AUGAUUGAGGUCGGACAAUGUGUUGCUUUGAUGAAGAAAAAGAGAGCUGGGAUAGUGAUUUGGAGGUUGAUUAGCGGCGGCAGCGGCGUUACUAAUGAAAAUCAUGAAUUGGGAGAAUGGGAGAAAAUCAUUCACAAACCUUGGCCACAGAGAUUUCUUCGACAUUAUCAUUCUGAUUCGAGGUUGUUUGUCCGUGGCGCAAUUAAUAACAGGGAGAAUGUGGUUCAAAUAUUGAACAAGAAGAACAAGAAGUUGUACUGUUACUACUGGGACAUUAAAGAAGGAAAAAUCAAGAAAGCCCCGGAGAUACUACAGCAACAGAAGCAAAGUAUUCAUCAUCUUUAUCACGUCUUUUCUACACUUGUCGAAACUUUAUUCGUCCCCACCAUUAUACCCACGGUUCUGCCAGACCUCAGCUAUGACUCUGAUGGGUAUUCCUCCUCCGACGACUUAAUCCCCUGGCUACUCGGACAGCAGCUCAAGUUCGGAGUCCUUGAGCAGCAUCACGGGCUCCUCAGCCAGCAGCAAUGA